GGUCAUGAACUAGGACACUAAGUUUUAUCUGGUCUCAUGCGGUAUGAUAGACGUAUCUAUUUAUACUUAGCAAAAUUAACACAAAAGAGAAGAACAAUGGACGAUGGUUAUCCGCAAAUGAUACUAGAAGCCACCAAGCGGAUUAAACCACACAUAUGGAAGACGCCUCUAUUGCACUCAUCUUAUUUAAGUGAUUCUGUUAAAAAGAUAAGUGUGUUCAUCAAACUAGAAAGCGAUCAGCUGACUGGUUCAUUCAAGGUUCGUGGCGCAUUUAACAAAUUUUUACAACUUCUGGAGACAAAUCCUGAUAUAAGAAAGACUGGAGUAUAUACUGCAUCAUCAGGAAAUCAUGGCUUGGCAUGUUUAGAAGCAGCCAAGGUUUUAGGUGUUCCUCUGACUAUAUAUUGUCAAGAAGGAGUUGAUCCUGGUAAGAAGGAUAACCUAUUACACGAAGGAGCAAAAUUGGUCCUACAUGGUAAUGAUUGUGUAGAGGCAGAACUGAAGUCAAGAUCAGAUGCUGAGGCGAAUGGUACAACUUAUGUCUCUCCAUACAAUGAUCGCACGGUAGUAGCAGGGCAAGGGAGUAUUGCCGUUGAAAUUUUUGAAGAGUUCCCUGAGGUCGAUGCCGUUUUAGUUCCUGUCGGGGGAGGUGGACUGAUUGCUGGAAUUGCCAGAUACAUAAAACAAGUGAAACCCUCAACGAAAGUAUAUGGCUGUCAGCCUAAAAAUUCAAAGGUAAUGUACGAGUCAGUGAAAGCCAAUAAAGUAAUAUUUGAGGAAUCUUAUCCAACACUAUCAGACGCUACAGCGGGCGGAUUAGAAGAGUCUACGGUAACAUUUCAGCUAUGCCGAGAUUUUGUAGAUGAAUGGAUAAUGGUAGAAGAAGAAGACAUAGCAAAAGCUAUUAUGUUUAUGGUAGAAAAACAUCAUAAGAUAGUGGAAGGUGCGGCAGGAGUAUCCAUCGGAGCUUAUAUGACAAAUAUGGACAAGUUUUCUGGACAAAAUGUUGUCAUCAUUUCAUGUGGAGCAAAUUUAAGUCUAUCAAUCAUGCAUGAUAUUGUAUCUAAAUAUAAAAGUAAAUAAAAGAUAAGAUUUUGUUCUUG